AUGACAGAAACCGUUGGAGUUGUUGGGGCAGGUCUUGUUGGUGCGUUGGCUGCUCUCGGGCUGGCAAAGAAGGGCUAUUCCGUGAUACUUUAUGAUCUGCGUGCGGACCCCCGUACGACGAAGGAGAACAAUUUCCGGUCGAUUAAUCUGGCUGUGAGCGAGCGCGGGAUCCGGGCGCUGAAGUACGUUGACGAGUCGAUGGCCGACCGUGUUUUGGAGGGGAUCAUCCCAAUGUACGGGCGAAUGAUCCACGAUUUGGAAGGUAACCAGGAGUCGCAGUUGUACGGGCUGUUUGGAGAGUCCAUCAACUCUAUUGAUCGCAAACAGCUUAAUUUGAGCCUGGUGGAGGAGAUUGAGCGGUUUAACAAGACCACCGAGCACAAAAUCAGUCUCAAAUUUGAGUGCAAAGUGACCAAUGUGCAGAUCAAAGACCCUGUUUCUGUGGAGUAUAUCUUGAACGGGGAAAAACUCAAGGAUCAGCUGGACUUUGUGGUUGGUGCUGACGGCUCGUACUCGGUGGUCAGAUCGAGUCUCCAGAAACAAAUCCGCAUGAACUACAGCCAGGAGUACAUCGAUAUGUGCUAUCUGGAGAUGUACAUCCCACCAGGAAAAAAGGGCAGCUUCCAGCUGAAUCCAAACAGACUGCACAUUUGGCCGCGCCAGAGCUACAUGCUGAUCGCACUGGCAAACCAGGACGGCUCGUUUACGUCGACUUUCUUUGGAUCGUGGGAUCUUGUGGAGUCGCUGGAUACCAAGGACAAAGUGGAGUCGUUUUUCGUGGAGAACUUUGUGGACGCUGUGGAUCUGAUCGGACUUAACAAGGUAGUGGACUGUUUCCUGAACAACCCGCGCGGAGCUUUGAUGCAGGUCAAUUGCAACAAGUACAACUUUGAGGACAAGUGUAUCAUCAUUGGCGAUGCUGCGCACUCAAUGGUGCCGUUCUACGGACAGGGAAUGAACUGCGGCUUUGAAGACGUGAGGAUUUUGCUGGAGCUGCUUGACAAACACGGACUGAACCGUGGAAAGACGUUUGACGAGUACUCUGCGACGCGCGAAAAGGACCUCAAGGCCAUUUUGGAGCUUGCGCUCAGAAACUACAAAGAGAUGUCGAGCGAUGUGACCUCUUCGCUGUACCUGUUCAGAAAGAAGCUGGACGGAGUGCUGGGGAGACUGAUCCCCGAGAAAUGGGUCCCGCUGUACACGAUGGUGUCGUUCCGGUCGGAUAUCAGCUACUCGAAGGCGAUCGAGCAGAGCCAGAAGCAGCAGAAAGUGCUGAAAUGGACCGAAUGGAGCGUUUUGGGAGCCGCUGCGUGCGGAGCCGCUUUUUACUUCUCCAGGAAAAAAUGA